UGGACUUUUAUUUUGAAAAACACCGGUUACUUACAAAACCAAAACCAUCUCCGCCUGCAGGCUCUCAGCACAGUGACGUCUGUAUCAACACACUUCAGUAUGAAGUUAAGGGUGAGAAUUAACAAGCAGACCAGCCGUGUGGAGCUGGAAGAAGCAGAGCCCACACUGACUGAGCUCAGUAUCCAAGUGAAGGAGGUGUUGUUGCCCUCAAUCGGUUUCAGUGCUGAUACAGAGUUCAGUCUGUCUCUGAAUGGGAAGGAGUCGCUGGUGGACACUGGGCAGACGCUGUCCUCGUGUGGGGUGGUGUCCGGAGACAUGAUCAGUGUGAUUUUGCCUCAGAGCAUUGCUGACUCCGCCCCGCCACAGCCCUCUACUUCUCAGACUCACAACAGAGCAACAGAUCAGCUGAACAAACAGCAGAGUCAGAGUCACACUGUAUCAGCCAUGCAAAGCUCCAGUCAAGUGGCAGGUUCCAGUAACAGCAGCAGCAGCAGCAGCAGCAACAGUAGCAGCAGCAGCAUCCACAAGGGCAGAGAUAGCACAUAUAAGCCAGAAGCAAAAGAAAGGAUGGAGAAAGGGGAGAAUGAAGAGGAGGCAGUGGGGCCUUUUGUUCCUGAGCCUAUGCUGUGCUGUGAAGCUGAGGAGGGGAAGGUUCCUCACUCUCUGGAGAUGCUCUUCCAGGCUGCACAGUGCCACAGCCCCACAGACUGCCUGCUGGUGGCAGCACAUUUACUGCUGCUGGAAACAGGCUUCUUGCCACAGGGUGGUGAUGUCAGGGCUGGAGAGAUGCCUGGGGGCUGGCGAACAGCAGGAGGUGUUUACAGACUUCAGUACACACAUCCACACUGCGAGAACUGCCUGGCAUCUGUGGUUGCCGUUCCAAUGGGCCAAACUCUCGUCAUUAAUGUUGUACUGAAGACAAGCAGUGCAUUGGAGAGCACACGAAAGCUGGUGCUGAAACCAGAGGCAUAUGUGACUGAGGAGUGGGCAGGGGGACAAGCUGGAACUGCCUAUAGAGAACUGCAGAAGUUGUCUCGUGUUUUCAAGGACCAGUUGGCUUACCCACUUAUUGCAACAGCCAGAGAAGCACUGGGAUUGCCUGCACUCUUCGGUCUGGCUGUGCUGCCUCCUGAGCUCCUGCUGAGGAUCCUGCGGCUGCUGGACGCUCAUUCUGUCCUCUCAGUGUCUGCAGUGUGCACUCAACUGCAGUCUGCCACACAAGAUCCCAUACUCUGGAGGCAUCUUCUGCACCGUGACUUCAGAGUGUGUGUUCGACCUGACAGUGAGCAAAGAGACACGGAUUGGAAGGAGCUUUACAAAAAGAGAUAUAAGCAGAAGAAGGAUCUGAGCAGAUGCAGGAUGAGAUGUUACCCCUACAUCAUAGAACCCAUUUUCCCUCUGGCACCAGCCCCAACACCCCCUGUGCCCUUUCCCCUCCACCCUCCCGGCAUCAUCGGAGGAGAGUACGACGAGCGAAUCUCCAUCCCACAAGGCAUCUUCCCCCGCCCACGUUACGACCCUAUUGGCCCUCUGCCGGGUCAUGAGCCGGGUGUGGGAAUUCCCAUGGGCCGACGUUCACAUAGACCCAGUGGGAUUCGACCAGCAGAUAUCAGGAGAGGUUUCAUCUGAAUGCACCAACUGAAUGGCUUCUGCUUUACGUCUUAAAGACAGUAAUGAGCACUUAUGACAUAUUAAAGCAAACAAACAACAGCCUGAAGUCACAACCUACAAAGUACCUGGUUUCAUUUGAUACAUUACACAUGCUUCACAGAUAGGUCAUGUAAUUUUGUUAACCACAGAUUAGCAUAAUCAGCAAGCAGAGCAGAUAUACCAGCUGAAAAUGAGAAUUUGUUGUAUUUGUUAGCAGGUUUUCACUGGAUUAGCAGGGGUGUGGCAGAAAUUGUUUUAUUGGCAUAUAAAAACAGACAAAUGACCAACUAAUAAAUAUUAAAUUAUACAUUUCUCUUCA